AUGAGACGAGAAACUAGACUGCGCUUAUUCAUGUCGUUGAGAGGGAACCUAUUCAAACAAGCAAAAGUGAUUCACAAGGGUUCUAUCGAAGAUACUUAUUCACGGAUGGAGAGGUCUGGUACCAAAGUAGCUGUUGUAGUGUACAAAGCAGCCAUGGAGGAGUUCAAUGGUCUGCUGCUUCCGUACAAGCGAUACUACCUUACUGGAGCAAAAGUGCGGCCAGAAACCCCGUGUACCAAGUUGGCCCUUAUGAAUUCAAUUGGCUCCUGCACAAAAAAACUUUGGUUGAAGAAUUCCAGGAAGAAGUGCCUCCUCAACUGCCAUGCCAAAUCAAAGUUCAUCCGUUUGUGGACUUGCACAAAUACGCGGAUACAGAGAACCCUAGAACCUGUCCUUUUGACUCUCUGGAAUCAGUUUGAAACAGAAGAUGAUGUUGGUCAACACUUAGCCAAUACAGUAGCAGCUGGGAACAUCAUUUUAUCCAUGAGAACUAGGGUUAUGACAUUUAAUGGUACGCUGAGAAAAAAGCAAAUGUUGCGAAGCUUGUGGAGGAAGGAGUGUAUAGAGACACAGACAAAUUGUUUCCAUACCCAUCAGCCAACUAAAACUUGUUGGGUUGCUGGCAAGCUAAAAUAUUUGGGAGACAACAAGUCUUUGUGGACACCUACUUGCAACAAUUGCCGCAAAAAUUAUAAUGUCCCUCCAAAUACGCCCGUCAAAUGUCGAAGUUGCAGGGAAGAUACUCUUGUCGAAGCAAAGUGUCGGUUGCCGAUUGCAAUUGAGGAUGAGACAGGAAACAUACAUGCAAUGUUGUAUGAUUCAGAUGCUGAACGAGUGAUUCCAUUUAAUGGGACUGACUUAUAUCCAGCUAAACAUCAGCUCUUCAGUCCAACGCUAAAAAAUGUUAUUAACUCUCUCACUCAAGCACGUGAAAAGCCUACAGCAAUUGCAGCUUCGGAAUCAACGAUAAAAAAACGCAUCAGCUUCGACCCUCAUCAAUCCUCCACCUCAGGAACUAGCAUCCCAUCCACCAACAUUCCUGAAUCAUCCACCCAACAAACUCAUCAAACCAGUACGAUGUGUGAUGCAAGCCCGACAAAGAAGAGUCGGCCAAAAAUGGAUUAG